AUGCGCUCCCACCUACUUCCUCUCCGCUCCCCACUCAAGCUGGCCUCAUUGAGGCCUGCAUGUCGUUCAUUCGCUACGGCCAAGCCCAAUAUCCCACUGAAGCCGUGUGUUGACUCGGAUAACUGCGCCUUCCAGGAGCCAUCUACCGACGGCAGGCCGGCUUCACUGCAUUUCAAGUCUGGACAUGUCUUCACCGGUCGGUCCUUUGGAGCUCCAGUUUCGACCUUUGGUGAAGCUGUCUUCACCACCUCCACCACCAGUUACCCCGAGUCCAUGACAGACCCGUCCUACCGAUCGCAAAUUUUGGUCUUCACAACUCCCAUGAUCGGCAACUAUGGAAUCCCUCCCAACGUCCUCGCUACCUCACCCACCCCAGUUCCUUCUUCCCCGGACCUUUUCCUUGAAUCCGACCGAGUGCAAUGCUCAGGGGUCGUCGUUGCUGAGCUGGCCGACCGAUUUUCGCACUAUCAAGCCAUGGAGUCGAUCAGUAACUGGUGCCAUCGCUUCGGUGUACCCGGCAUCACCGGCGUGGACACUCGUGCUAUCACCUCCCUUCUCCGGCAACAAGGCAGCACGUUGGCUAAGAUUGCUGUUGGCGAUGGCCACCAAACCCCUGUCACACCUGACCAAUACUGGGACCCCAGUGGAAUCAAUCUGGUAGCCGAGGCCUCGACCAAGACACCCUACACCCUCAACCCCACCAGUCCGAUCUCAAUCGCCAUGCUUGACUUUGGCGCCAAAGCCAACAUUGCUCGUUCCCUUGUCAAACACGGUGCCGCUGUGACCGUUCUCCCUUGGGAUACUCCCGCUUCAUCAAUCAUCGGCAAGUAUCAUGGUCUCUUCUUGAGCAAUGGCCCAGGUGACCCCAAACAUGCUGUGGCAGCUGUAGAGACCGUCCGAACAGUCAUGAACGAUGCGCCCAACAUGCCCGUCUUCGGCAUUUGCAUGGGUCACCAAAUCAUCGGUCUUGCUGCCGGUCUGCAAACUUACCGUAUGCGUUUCGGUAACAGAGGUCACAAUCAACCCGUCCUGGCACUAGCCAACUCAGGGUCUAUCCAAGCCGGCAGGGUUUUCAUCACCUCCCAGAAUCACCAAUAUGCGAUCGAGCUAAAGGAUCCGUUCCCUGAAGGAUGGGAACCGUUCUUCAUCAACUGUAAUGAUUCUUCAGUUGAGGGAAUCAAAUCUACUGAAGGCAGUGGUCGUAAAGUAUGGGGAGUCCAAUUCCAUCCUGAAGCAGCUGGUGGCCCACUGGACGUCAUGGAGAUGUUUAAAGAUUUCGUUACGCAAUGUUCCACGACUUCCGUUCCUCUUUCAUCUUGA